GCGCGCCCUCCUCAGCGCGCUGCAAUUCGUCGGUCGCGCCGCACCGCCGCCCCGCACCGUCGCACGCAAUUGCACUGCACUCCGGGCUCCGUGCGUAAAAAGCGCACGCAGGAGCCGCGGGGGCCGGGGCGGAGGCCCGCGGCCCGCGCGGCUGCACUCGGCCCAACAGUCUCUACCAGACGCUCGCAAGAGCACACCGCCCCCACACAGGGCGUUCCUCGCGCGAAAACAACCCCCGAAGUGUUUUAAACUUUUGAAGUGCCGGUGCUGUUUCCCAUGAGUUUUCCGACAGUAACAAUCGCAAUUGGCCUGUAAUAUCGGAUUAUUAACGAGGAAUCACAAUUCCGAAAAAUGGGUAGCAGCGAAGGACAGCAGACUUUCUGUCUGAAAUGGAACCACCACAAAACAAACCUCGUGGAAAUCCUCGAGGCCUUGAUCAAAGUAGAGACCUAUGUGGACUGCACACUGGUUGUCGACGACCAGGUGACCUUCAAGGCGCAUCGGGUGGUCCUGGCGGCCAAUUCGCCUUAUUUUCAGUCGAUCCUAGCUGAUGUGCCGAUGGAUCACUGCAGCAUCCUCUUCCCGGGGGUGAAAGACUUCGAAAUGCGUGCGCUCCUGGAGUACAUGUACACGGGAGAAGUGAAUGUGACGCAGGCGCACAUCCCACGCAUCAUGAAAGUCGCGGAGCAGCUCGAGGUUAAAGGUCUGUUCGAUAUGACGGAGCUACGCCGGCGGCCUGGCGAGCGCACCCCCGCCGCGUCACCGCCGCGCGUGGUGCCCGCCGCGCCCUCCAGCGUGUCCCCGCCGGCGCCCGCGCCGCCCACGCGCUGGCCGCCACCACCUACACCGCCCGUCCUUUCUGCCGCGUAUGACUCUGCGGACAUGAACCCCCUCAAGCGCAAGAAACUCUCCAGUAUAAUGGCCACCCGUGACACCCCCAUUCUAAGGAACGUUCUCGCUCAGGCCACACCGCCUGACUCCUCGCAACCUGUAUCUCUUGUUUGUCAUCCGGUAAAUCAACACGCGCCUCCUCGUCUCCAUUCUAACGGUUCCGCUCAUGAUUCUGAACGUGCUGCUAGUCCUCAACGCCCCUUCGACUACCGACCUCGCCGACUAUCUUCUCGUGCCUCAUCUCCACAUUUCAAUAGAUCAGAUCGUUCAGAAGACGCUCACUCCCCUUACACCGAGCGUUCCUUUGAAGAGGAACACCCACGCUCAUUCCAUCCUUCUCCCCCACCUCCUAAUUUUCAACAAGAUGUUCGGGCCGGCUUAGCGCCGUACGUCCCCCCGCAACAGAAACCAGAAUGGAAACGAUACAAACAAUAUACUAGAUCUGACAUUAUGUCCGCAAUAGAAUGUGUCAGAAAUGGAAUGAGUGCUCUACAAGCGUCACGAAAAUAUGGCGUGCCUUCACGUACGUUGUACGAUAAAGUGAAAAAACUCGGCAUAACUACAAGUAGACCUAUGAGCCGCGGCGUUAAGCGGGAAUCAAAUGGCGCCGCGUUUCCAUAUGGUUUAAGCGGUACUGGUGGUGUUGAAGAGGGGUCCCCCGCUACACCAUUAAUUGACCCGUCUUUCUUGCAACAAGCAUUAGAAGGAGCGACCAGAGAUGGCGGACGCGAGGCACUUCACGCAAUGGCUCUAGCUGCCGCUGCGCACGCCGCCUUAGCUCCGCGUACACCUCCAAAGGCCGAACCGCUCUCACCGCGAUCGCCGCUCCCUGAUGACGACCACGUGGAGGAUCUUUCAGUUUCUCGCCGACGCGAUCCUGACCCACCAUCUGGUGUCAUUGUGCCGCCUCGAAACUUUGCACUAGAUUGCAGCAGUGAUCGAGAUUGAGAGUCAAAUGGGACGCGGUAACAUGGAAAAAAGACUGACUUUAGGCGUACAAGAUUAUAAAUUAAGGCACUUAUUUGGUAGGCUACUGGUAGGACGCGCCGCGCGCGCAUGCCACGCUGACCGGGAGCUCCGGCCGGGCGAUUGCAAUGGGCCCCGCGGCCAAUUUCAUUCUACCUCUCUUCUUCUCUAUUUAUUUCCUUUGCCAUAUCCCGAUAGCGAAAUCAAAUUUCCGUUGGUCGGUAGGCGUAUCUUUUUGUGAUUUUUUGUUUAUUUCUUCUUUCGUUUUUUAUGUUUUAUAACAUUUACGUCUUUGUUAAUCAAUAACGAACUAGGCUAGCUUUAAAUAUAAAUUAGUAAUGGUUGUUCUUAGUUGGAUUGGUAACCGUGUAGGGUCGCAGGGCAGGGAGGCAGUGCGACGGCCCUGCCGCUGCGCUUCGGGCGGGUCUGCCCCGCCUAGACGAGUUAUUGUGCAAUUUUGUUGUCCGCGACUGUGAUGUUUAUAGACUGAAACGCCACCACUACCUCACGCUCGCUACACUUAGCUCUAGUCCACCGCGCCGCGGUCUUCGCGAGCUCAACUCGUCUCGCCACCUACCAGGAGACCAUAAGAACGAGCCGAUCGCGUCUCGCGAUUUUUGCGGCUCGGUGUGUGACGCUUGUCACUGCGAAAAGCGACGUACCUAUACCUACGUAAUAUAUUUACUAUUAAAAUACAUAAAGUCCUAUGUUACGGGUAGAUUAAUUAUUAUACUGUUUGUCGAUUUGCCAUAAAUGUUCAUUGUUGAUACAUAGAAGUGUGUGCUCACUAUAUAAAUCAUUAGUAAUAUUUUUCUGCACUAGCACGGUCGUUCUUCUAGUUCUAAGAAGUCGAUUUACUUAUAAGAAUGCUCAAUGUCGUAUUUUUAAUAACAUUUCCCUAAUCUACCUAACUGUUAGGUAUUGCAAUUUGCUAUAUAUAGAA